CGCUGAUCGCGCACCAUGGCCAGGAGCAGCGGUGGCGAGAAGCUGCUCCACGAGCUCGGCUACCGCCUGGGCCAGACGCUGGGCGAGGGCAGCUACUCCAAGGUGAAGGCGGCCACCUCCAACAAGUACAAGGGGCCCCUGGCCAUCAAGGUGGUGGACCGGCGCCGAGCGCCMUCGGACUUUGUGCACAAGUUCCUGCCGCGCGAGCUCUCCAUCCUGCGGACCAUCCGGCACCCCAACAUUGUGCGCGUCCUGGAGCUCAUCGAGGUGUGCAAUGGGAAGCUCUACAUCGUCAUGGAGGCGGCCGCCACCGACCUGCUGCAGYUGGUGCAGCGCCUGGGCAAGCUGCCCUGCGUGCCCGAGGCGCGCGACAUCUUUGCGCAGAUCGUGAGCGCCGUGCGCUACCUGCACGACCGCAACCUGGUGCACCGCGACCUCAAGUGCGAGAAYGUGCUGCUCACCGCCGACGGCCGCCGCGCCAAGCUCACCGACUUCGGCUUCAGCAAGGAGGCCGCCGGCUACCCGGACCUGAGCACCACGUACUGCGGCUCGGCGGCCUACGCGUCGCCRGAGGUGCUGCUGGGCAUCCCCUACGACGCCAAGAAGCACGACGUGUGGAGCCUGGGGGUGGUGCUCUACGUCAUGGUGACGGGCUGCAUGCCCUUCGACGACGCGCACGUGCAGAGCAUGCCGCGGCGGCAGCGCAAGGGCGUGCUCUACCCCGAGGGGCUGCCGCCGCUGCCCGAGCCGUGCCGGGCGCUCAUCGCGCAGCUGCUGCAGUACAGCCCGCCCGCGCGGCCCGGCCUCGGCCAGGUGGCCAAGAACUGCUGGCUCAAGGGCGACAUCUGA